AUACUUUUUUCCAAUUGAAUAAAAACAAUUUCUCAAAUAAAUUUAUAAAUAUGAGUUCCAAAAAACGUUCUCUACAAAAGAAAUUUCCUUGCCGUGAUAAUGUCAUUCACACCCUAUACGAAUUACUCGGUGAUCCCGAGGAAACAUUUCCUCCAUCUAUUUACUUUUAUGGCCACUCGGGUACCGGCAAAACAUCAAUCUUGACCAAGUUCCUAAAACGUACACACUCCAAAACAAUCAUUCUUGAUUGCAUUGAAUGUUACACAAGUAGAAUUCUCUAUGAGAAUAUCUUAAAUAAAUUCCAUUCGCAUCAUUUGCGUAAAGAAGAUAAUUUCGCUCCUUAUAUGAAAUGUGAAACUCUCAAAGAUUUCAUAACUGAUCUUCAACAAAUCGGUGUUGAUUCUGAUAACAAUGAUGAAGAAGAAGAAACAUCUUCAUACAUUAUCUGUUUAGAUAAUGCAGAGCGCGUCCGAGACAUGGAUGCAAAUAUUUUGCCAGCUUUCAUGCGUUUACCCGAAUUAACUGGUUUGAAUAUUUGUUGUAUUCUUGUUUCACAAUUGCCUUUUGAAAAGUAUUACACAAAAAUGGGACUUCCCGAACAAAUGUCCAUCUAUUUACCACAAUACAAUAAGAAUGAAGUUCAAAAGAUUCUUACUGAUGACUUUGAAAGGGUUCGAGAUCGACUUUUAAGUCGAUUGAGAAAGAAUCCUCCAAUGCAAUUGGCCGUUGAUAUUGAACGAGCCGAGGAAACUAUAUCCGGUUUGACAUCGGAUUUUUAUGGGAAUUUUUUAAAUGUCUUUUUGUCUGUCUUUUAUAAGGCUUGUAGAGAUUUGCCAGAGUUAAAGGUUGUCUCAACAGAUUGUUUUGAUAUUUAUGUCGAACCUGUUUUGAAUGGAACAAUAGAUAAGAAUGAUGUUUCUCGUCUUUGGAGACAUAUAACUAAUCCUCUAAAGAUUGCCUUAGCUCAGGUUUAUAUGAGAAUGGAUCAGGAUACAGAGGUACGAGUUGAGGGUACAUUUGAAGCCAACCAAAGUGUAAAAAAGCUAGCGCAGUCUUUAGAGCUGCCAUACUAUGGAAAAUACCUCUUAAUCGCUGCAUUCCUUGCUAGUCACAAUUCAGCCAAAGAGGACAAGAGGUUAUUUGUGAAACAUCAUGGAAAACAGCGAAAGCGAUUGCAGACAGUGAAUGCUAGAGCAAAAGUCUCUGAAAAAAUGUCAACCUCUUUGGGUCCAAAAUCAUUCAGCAUUGAUCGUCUGCUUGCAAUUUUCUAUGCUAUUCUUGAUGAGAAAGUUGGAUUGACAUGUAAUCUCCUUGCCCAGAUCUCAACUUUGGUUCAUUUGAAGCUCCUAAGUUAUGUAUCGGGAGAGAAUAAUGUUGUAGAAGGUUCAGCCAAAUUGCAAUGCACUGUUGGCCUAGAAUUCAUAUUAUACAUUGGAAAGGUAGUUGGUUUCAAUGUGCGCCAGUACUUGUGCGAUUUUAUGUAACAUCUUAUUCAUUUCUUCUCAUUUUAAUUUAUUACAUUUUUGUUUGUUAAUAAAAAAUAAAUAAAAUCCUA